UGGAGAGAAGAAGAGCUGUACUUAAGUGUAUUAUUUUGUAAUUAAUUAAGGAAACCCAAGUGGGAAAAAAAUAUCCAACAAUAACAUAUAUGUAGAAUAUAUCCAAUCAUCUUCUCUUGGUGUGCAUCCAUUUUCAUAACACCCCAUCAUCAUAUAUACCACCAAACAUAUCACUCAUUCGCUCUCUCUCUCUCUCUCUCUCUCCCUGAGUUUGGAAUUGUGGGCUGUUGUUAUAGCAAGUCUAGUCUUUGAUAGCUCUUUUAAUCUUCUGUCUGAGAGAAGAUCAGAUGGGCAGAAAGUGCUCACAUUGUGGAAACAUAGGUCAUAAUUCAAGGACCUGCACCACUUCUUCUUCUACUGCUACUACUUUUGUUAAUAAUAACAACAAUUAUGCCAAUUCAUCACUUCGUCUCUUUGGAGUGAAAGUAGACAUAUUAUCAUCAUCAUCUUCUUCUGCUGCUUCUUCUUCUUCCAUGAAUAUAAAUGCCUUGAAGAAAAGUUUCAGCAUGGACUGCCUGAUGCACUCCUCCUUAUCUUCAGCUUCCUCUUCCCCCUCUUCUUCAUUGUCUUCCAGAAUUGCCCCUGAUGAAACCAUUUCUGAUCAUCACAAAGCAGCAACCAAUAUUGGUUAUCUCUCUGAUGGUCUCAUUGGCCGAGCACAGGAAAGAAAAAAAGGUGUUCCAUGGACAGAAGAAGAACACAGGACAUUUCUGGUUGGGCUUGAGAAGCUAGGAAAGGGAGACUGGAGAGGCAUCUCCAGAAGCUUUGUCACUACAAGAACACCAACCCAAGUUGCAAGUCAUGCCCAGAAAUAUUUUCUAAGACAGGCAACCCUCAACAAGAAGAAGAGAAGAUCAAGCCUAUUUGACAUGGUUGGGAUUAGUCCUCUACAUAGUGGUAGUUUCAGGCCUAGUGAUGAUGAAAGCAUUCGCUGCUCUCAGCACAAGGAUCAAAAUCAGCAAAACGGUAUUGUCAUGCCCCUAUUGCUGGAGCUUAGUUCUUCAAAACAUGGACAAAAGUUGGCAUCAGAUUACAAUCAUCAAAAACCAGUAGUUGACUUUACUCAAGUAGCUUCUCAUCACCCCCCUAAUAAUUCAGUACCUGUUUGGCUACAUGGAUUAAUGGAUUCCCAGUUGAAAUCAAAGUCCAAUAUCAUUGCAUCCAAACCCAGUUCUUCAAAUGGUGCAGGACUUGAUCUAGAGCUCAAUCUGGCAGGGCCAAGGCCUAGUUUGGAACAAAAUAAGCCAUCCAACCCAGUCUUAUAUCCCAGGAAGUAGAACUUCACCGAGGAAGAUCAAAUUCACAGAAUCUCACUGCCACUAUAGUUAGAAUGCUUAACAGAUCGUGGAGGGCCGGCAUAGAAGGAAUAUCUUUAUUAUUACUAUUUUUUUCUUCUUUCCUUUUCUGUAAUAAACAGAUGCAUCAGUAGUAGUAGUAGUUAUGACCAUGUUCAGUUGAAUACAUAUAUGUGCUUCCUUUAUGGAUAUAUGGCUGCAAAUUAUUAUGAGGGUAGAGCCAUGUCACUCUUUCUGUAUUGCCAUUUGGCUCCUUAUUAUAAUCUCUAAUCAAAGUUUCUCAAAGUGCUUUUGGUA